AUAUUCUGAAAGUUAUGUUUUUAAUUGUUUAAUAAUUGAUAUUUAUUUACGAAAUAAAGUUUCGGGUUAGUAAAUGACCUUAAUAAUAAAACUGUGAUAUUUUCGAAAAUGUACAUAUACAAUCUGCCGUACGAGGAGAGAGAAAAACUGUGCCAAAUCCUCGACAAGGAAAAUAAAUGGAAAGAACUAGGAGGCGUACAAAUGAAGUACGACCAAACGACUCUAGAUCAAAUAGCAAGAUCGAUCAAAAAGUGUUCCUCUCCCACCUCAGAAUUACUGACGAUAUGGGGCCACCAUAAUCACACUGUACUCGAAUUGUUCGUGUUGCUAAACUACAUGAGACAGCAAGAGGCGAUGAAAGUCCUAAAACAAUUCGUCGACAAAGAGUACCACGUAUUAAUCCACGACGAGAUAACAAGGAAACCCCCAAUCGAAGAGAAGAAAAUCAAAAACUUGGAGCAUCCAAACAACUACGACGGGGCCACCGAGAAGAUCCUAAACGCCCCCGUCUUUUCCAAAUAUCCCGAAAUAGUUAGUAAAGAAAACAACGAAAGCACCGCGCCCCCUAUCCCUCUCAACGUAGGCAAAUCCAAGAUGAUCACAGUUUCCGAUAUAUCAAUCGUAGCCGAAUCAAUGGGUGGAAUACCAUCGAUACCCUACGAAGAAUUACAACGAUCUACCAACAAUUGGAGCGAAAGUACGGUGCUCGGUAAAGGAGGCUUCGGAAAAGUUUACAAAGGUACUUGGAAGUGCACGAUGGUAGCUAUAAAGAGACUAGAGCAAAAAGACAACCAGCCAGGUUACGAAACCGAACAAUUGAAGCAAUCCAUAACAGAAUUGCAUUGUUUAAACGCCUAUAGACACGACAACAUCCUGCCUUUGUACGGCUACAGCAUCGGCGGGUCCCAUCCAUGUUUAAUAUACCAAUACAUGUCGGGAGGUUCGUUGGACAGUAGGCUACGAACCAACCACCCCAGCAUGGCCCUAAACUGGCCGAGCAGGCUGAACAUAGCCGUUGGAGUGGCGCGCGGCUUGCAGUUCCUCCACACCAACAUGAUACACAACAAGCCGCUGGUGCACGGCGACAUCAAAUCCGCCAACAUCCUGCUCGAUCCCAACAAUCAACCGCGAAUAGGCGACUUCGGCCUUGCUAGGGAAGGCCCGCAGAGCCACUACACCUACAUUCGGGUGAGUAAAAUACAGGGCACCAAGCCCUACCUUCCCGAGGAGUUCCUUCGAGCCAGGAAAUUCUCCACCAAAGUCGAUACGUACAGUUUCGGCGUGGUGCUGUUCGAAAUAGCCACCUCGCUGCCGCCUUAUUUGGACAAAAAGGAACUGUUGAGAGACUACGUUAUUAAUUAUCCAGGCGACGUGAUGGAACUGAAAGACAAGAAUACUAAAGACUAUGACGAGUGCUACAGGGGUAUACUAGAAGUAGGUAAAAUGUGCGUGGAAAGGUGGGCCAAAGACAGGCCGGAAAUGGUGAACGUUCUGAUAUUAUUAGAAGGUGUAUCGUUGAAGCAAUAAUUUGUAAACGAAAUUUUUAUACAAUUACAAUACUCACCGAGAGUGUUGAUAUUAUUUCCU